CCCAUACCCACGCUCACUAAUCUAAUCCACGCCGCCCGCAUCUCCCGUCGCUGUGUGCGACUCUUUAGCUAGACGCUGCACACCUGACCCAACCGGCCGUAUCUGACCACAUCCGCCAUGUCAUUCCUUAAAGCAAACUCGGCAUCCACAGCCAACGCGCCCUCGCCGACGCCAUCGACCUCAUCCACAAGCGGCUCCAAGCGCAAGCGUCCUGCUGAUGGCGCGCCUCCCGUCGUCUACUCGCAGCCCCAGGACACGGGCACGGGCGAGCACGUCUUCACCCGCCUCACCUACGUCAACGACUUUCUGCGCGAGCGCAAGGACAAAUGGCACAGCUUCGAGGACAUUAUGGAAUAUCUCAACAUCCCGUCUGGCCAUAUCCAGCGCGAGCAGCUCCGCCAGCUCAUGCGUGCAGACAACCAGGGCAACCGGAUUUCGUGGGAUUCACAUAACGAAAAGUACAAGUAUAAGAGCAAGCUAGACAUCCACAACCGUGCCCAACUCAAGGGUCACUUUCAAACGCAGAAGUCGGCCCUGGGCCUGCAGAUCAAGGACCUCAAGGAUGGCUGGUCCACCGUAGCCGAAGACAUCACCAAGAUGGAGGAGAAGAACGAAGUCUUGGUGCGCCGCGCAAAGGACGGCGUCCCCAAAACGGUAUGGGCAAACGACCCGUCACUCAUGCUGCCCAUGGACCCGGUAUUUGCAAAGGCCUGGCAUUCAGUCCAGGUGCCCGACAACCCGGAAGAGCUGCGAAAGGUGCUUCUAGCCAACAAAAUGACGGCCGCUACCCAGGCAAAAGUCAUUGUUGCUGCUCCCACGAACAAGAAGAAGAAGGGUCCUCGUCGUGGUGGCAAGCAGACAAACACGCACAUGAUUGGCAUCUUGAAGGAUUUCUCUGGCAUGAGGAAGUAAAAGACUUUUUUUGGAUAUUUUUGCAUAGCGUGGUGUUUUUUUUUCUCAUGGAUUCAGGACUUUUUUUUCCAAAUCAUACAAACGGCCGAACCCGUCAUGAAAAGGUUCACCAACAGAUAUCUGUACAGUAUACACCAUGAGGGGUAGGUUCUAUGCGGUAAGCUUUUUUUUUCUUUCCCUUCUUUCAUUAGACACGCAUACAAACAUGAGUUUCAAGUCAUUAGAACGUGUAAUAAUCAAAUACUAUUUUUU